AUGGAUUUGUCUUAUCUUGCAGGCCAAAAGAAAGCUUUAUUCUUGAAUUUACAAGAAAAAGGAUACACAUAUGAAAAAAUCAUUGAGGCUUCUAGAGAUUUAAAAAAUGUAAUUGACUCGUUGGAAUUUGGCAGCAAUAAAGAGGUCUUUCAGUUUAUAAAAAGACUUAAAGAUGCUUAUGAUAUAUAUGAAGGGAAAACACCAAAGCCUAAAGAAGAUAGGAUUGAAUGAGUCAGCUUUACGAAUACAGCAGAACAAGUAUUUUUCUUUAGGCCAACAAAAAGUACAGAAUACUUGGAAUGUGAGCACUGUGGGGCUUUAGUGAAUUUCAGGGAAUGGGCACUUAAAUCUCAUAUAAAUAUGGCUCAUAAUGAUUAA